AUGGACGCGCUCACGAAUCUUCUCGACGCCGAAACCGCGGACGUGGUGCACGAGCUCCUGGACGACGGGUGCCGGGCGUGGUGCGACGAUCUGAGCGCGGGCGCGCGAGCGAGGGCGAUGCGAUUGGGGAAGAAUGCGAUGAAGAUUAAAAGCAAGUUACGACUGUCGAGCGACGCGGAAGCCCUGCGCGUGGCCGAGGCGUGCGAGACGUACGUCCGGGAGUGCGUGUGGCGACGCGGGCGGGCGUCGGAAUCGGGAACGAGCGAGGAGAGGGAGACGCGCGAGGUGGGUUGGCCGACGACGCACGACAAGUUGAACGCGCUCCUGCGCGCGAGAGAAACGUUGAGGGGGGAUAAGUGGCGGGACAAGGCGGAGGAGGCGUCGAGAUUCAAUGAAACCGCGUUGAUUGAUUUCGAUUGGGUCGUUCGCGCGCGCGCCGGGGGGACGCGCGAUCGCGAGUCCGCGCGCGUGCGCGUCGCGCUUCGAUGUCGAACCGCCGGCGUCGACCGGGACGUCCGGUUCGAGAUCCCUCGCGACGUCCUCGAGCGCACGACGCGAUCGCUCGCGCGCGCGCGCGACGCUCUCGGGGGAUUGGUCGGCGAUCCCGACGCGGGCGAGACCGAGGCGCCGUCGUCGAUCGAGGUCUAG